AUGUAUUUUGAAAAAUUAGAAAUUCAAAGUGGGAAACUUGCUAGUGCUUUAGAAGAUGACGGGGAAGCAAUAGAUGGUAUAGUGUGUGGAGAUUGUGAGCUGUGUUCAAGUGUGAUGGAUUGUUAUUUGGAUCUGAUACAAUUUAAAGAAAGACAUAUUCAAAGUCUGAAAGUUUUGAAACAGGACGUGAACCAAGACGUGUGUGUAUCUAUUAUCAGAUCAAAACUACCCGAAAAUGUAUUGCUUCAAUUAGAAAUUCAAAAAGGAGCUAAGGCGAAGUGGAAAAUAUCAAGUCUUUGUGAAAAAUUAAACGAUUAUGUGGUUGCACGAGAGAAAUCCUGUGUCACAAAGAAGGCAAAAGAUUCUGUAAAACCAAAUGGUUUUGGAAACAAAUUUUCUACAAAGCCAUGGAAAACCAAUUCAUUCAACAAUAAUAGAAGUGAAAACCGUGUAUUUCAACCGAAAAGUUCUGCUGAAGCAUUGAUAGCAAAUUCACCAAAAUCACAACCUGGAAGUCAAUACUUUGACAAGUGUAGGUAUUGUGGAAGUAAACAUUGGAGUGACGAAUGCCAAAAAUUUAAAACGAUUGAAGAACGAAAACGUAAGCUGAAAGGAACUUGUUUUAAGUGUUUGAAAGCUGGACAUGGUUCUUUUGAGUGUAAAAGAAACAAAUUGUGCAUUCAUUGCAAUGAAGUUAAUUCUCAUCACAGAAGCUUGUGUCCAAAAAAGUUCAACACGAAAAACACAUGUGUUUAUUUGUCAGAAGAAAUUAGUGAAUAUUGUUCUGAUAAUGUAUUAAAAGAAUUUGAAAGCACAAAUAAUGAAAGUGAACAAGAGAGUUCUAUGCUAGUGUUUGGUGAAAUGGUUCUUAUGCAGACUGCUACAGCUGAAAUAACAAACCCAAAUUAUACUAAGAAAGAGACGACUAGAAUUCUGUUUGAUUCUGGAUCACAAAGAACCUAUAUAUCUCAACGUCUAGCAUCAAAAUUGGGGUUGAAAAGUUACCAUGAAGAGGAAAUCAGGUUAAUGACUUUUGGUAGUGAAAAUAUAAAGAUAGUAAAGACAACACACACCAGUCUUGAUAUCAGACUCAAGAAUGGUCUAUAUUUCAGUAUCAUAGCAAAUAUAGUACCAGUUAUAAGUGGUUGUUUGAAUAGAAGAAAACUUGAUAGUGUUUCAAUGACAAAAUUAAGGAAAUAUGUGAAUGAUAUCUACCUAGCAGAUGAUCUUCCAUUUGAGAACGAGUCUUCAGAAAUUGAUUUAUUGAUUGGAAAUGACUAUUAUCUAGACUUGAUACUGGCUCGUAGACUUGAAGUUCAACCAGGAUUGUAUCUUUUUGCAUCUAAAUUGGGAUGGAUGGUCACCGGAAGAGUUAAGAACAAAGAUAACCAAUGA